AUGUCCGAUGAUGAGUUUAUUAACACACAUGUUAACUCCAAUAUUAAGUACUACGAAAACUUACACGAUAAGAAAACAGAAGCUGCUAGUAGUGGCCGUGUUGGUGGGUUCAUGUAUGAGCACAUUAAGGAUCUUCCAUCUUCGAUCGAGUGGAGAAAAAAAGGAGCUGUCAAUGACAUCAAGAACCUAGGCAGUUGUGGUAAUAAGAGAAUGAAAAUUGAUGGAUAUGAGAAUGUACCUCCAAACAAUGAGAAUGCUUUGAAGAAAGUCGUCGCACACCGAUCAGUGUCGAUAGCUGCUAGUGGAAGGCGUUUUCGAUAUUACUUAAAGGCAAGUAGUUUUGAUUGA